AUGCCAAAAAAAGUUUUGGGUGACAAGAUUGAAAGAAACGUUGAUGCAAUCAGGCCGCCAUCACUAACACUAGUAUCGGAUGAUUUGAAGCACCUGCCAGUAAUACCACAAGAUUUUGCAGAUGAUGAUGAUGGUGAAGACAAAGUUUUGAGUAACGACCAUGGUGAGAAAAAAAUAUCCAGGAAGUUCGGCGGUACAAUUGCAUUGAGGAAACGGUUAGAAUCUGUUCCAGAGUUAUUUUUGCAUGAUUUCAAGAAGAAACCAUGUUCCAAGCUUGACGUAAUCAAAGAAAAAAAUCAUAAGCAUUCACCUGUUUCUAAGGCAGCAACAAAUCCUCAAGUCAAUGGAUUGCGGUCACAACAGACAAAAAGGGUAGGAUCAUUUCCAAUUCAAAGAAAGAGCCUACGUGGGUCAAAGCUACCAAGGAUCAAAGUACCGAGACCUAGUGAGCAUGUGGAACGUCUGGAUCACAUUAUUGACAGAGCUUUCGUUCCCCUACCAGCACCGAUUGUAAUGCCUGUACACACUCGCACUGCAAUGAAUCCAGUUUCAGUCAUGCAGGAUCAAACACAAGAUCGCCAUAUGAAAAACAAGUAUGGCAAAAGUGAUAGUGAAAUUUUGUUUGACGAGAUCGUCUCAGCCUAUGAGAAUGUACCUACGAGAAACUUCACUGCCUUAAAUUCGGAAAUUGAUAGAAUUAUUGAUUUAUGCUCCUCCAAAUACGUGGCAAAAAAGAUGGAAACGUUCCAAACACCGCAAAUUGUUUGUCCGUAUGAUACAGAGACUUUAUUUUCGUCUGCAACACCAAAAGCAAAAACUGUCAAUACCAACGCAUUGAAUGAUACCAUCUCCAGCCCUGAAUACUCCACAUCUGGUGGCAGCAUGUAUUCUGAACACUGGAGUUCAGAAGACGAGUUGCCUGAGUUGGAAAGUACAGCGGGGAGGGCCCACAAAGGUGCAAUGGUGUCAUCCAUAGUCUCUGAUGGCACUAAUGGAGAAGGUUAUUUUACCGCAGUAGAGACUCUGCCUUCAACUGUGUCGGUGGAAGACCUGGAUAUACAUGAUGAACUUCCAAAACCCUCAUCCAAAUCACCGUGCAGUGUACUUCAGAACGGGCUUUCUGUAAGAAAAUUAGAAAAAAUUACUCUUAAACCACCUAAUAUAAUGCAUAUCAUGAGCUCAGAUGAUGAAAGUGAGAAUGAUGACGAUGGGGAGUAUAGAACUUUCCGUAUUUUACAAGAAAAAAUUGACAGGAUUGAUAUUGCGAGCUGCAGCAGUAGCAUAUACAGCAGUUAG